GCCUGAUGUUAAUGUUAACCUCAAAUAUUAUUUAUAAAUUUGAUUCUGUAGUUACUUUAUUUUUAAAGAUUAUUUAUUGAAUUUUUAUUUUUUUUUGUAAAUCACAAAAAAUAAUGAGUAUUAUUACUAAAUCAUUAACAGCCUUCAUUGGAUUAUCUAUUUGUGGACUGUCUGGAUAUUUGCUUUACUUACUAUUCCGAAAAGAAGAGGAUGAUGAUAUCAUUGACGUAUAUGCACAAGCCUCAAAAUUUAAAACUCUGGAAAUAAAAGUUCCAAAGGACAUGGUUCGUGCUUUAAUUGGUCGAAAUGGGAAGAAUAUUAAACUCGUACAAGAACAGUCUAAUACGAGAAUAAAUUUUAAGGAUAGGGAUGGAGCCGAAGAUAAACUAUGCAUUAUUAGAGGUUCAAUUGAGGCAUGUAAUGUUGCAGAGAAUUUAAUUCUUGAUUUUAUUAAUAAUCAACCAGUGUUAGAAUCUGAAGAUAUAUGGGUUCCAGUAGCAUGUAUUGGAAAAAUUAUUGGAAGAUGUGGCGAAAAAAUUAGUGAAAUUAGGAGUUUGUCUGGAGCCAAAUUAGUAGUUGGCGAUGAUGAACAGACGCUUACGACGAAAAGGGUAACAAUUAAAGGUACACAAGAACAAAUAAAUGUUGCAAAAUCUCUAAUUGAGGAUAUUGUAGAACAAGCACAACAAUCCCGACAAAGAUUAGAAGCUACUUUAUCAAAGCGAGAACCACGCUUACCACCAAAGUUUCCAGAUAUUCCAAGGAUGGUUAAUAGUCCAGGAAUUGAACGAAUUUCUCCUGUACCAGGGCAACCAGAUGCUCAGUUCGAAGUGUAUGUAUCAGCAAUGGUAGAUCCUUCGAGAUUUUGGCUUCAAAUAGUAGGUCCAAAAGCUACAGAAUUAGACUGUCUGGUAGAAGAAAUGACAGAUUACUACAACAAACAGGAAAACCGAAAAUUACACAUAUUAGAAAAUAUUAAUGAAGGUGACCUUGUUGCUGCCGUUUUUCAAUAUGAUAAUAAAUGGUAUAGAGCAGAGGUGAUUCGCCUUAGUGAAGAUAAUUCCGAAAAACGAGCAGAGUUAUAUUAUGUAGAUUAUGGAGAUACUGAUAUAUUACCCUGUAAAGACCUAUAUGAAUUAAGAACAGAUUUUCUUAGGCUACAUUUUCAGGCAAUUGAAUGUUUUCUUGCUAGAAUUGAACCUAUUGGAGAAGCAUGGUCUGAAGAAGCUGUAGAUAAAUUUGAAGAAUGGACUCAUGUGGCACAGUGGAAGAAACUGUCUGCUAAAUUAAAUGGUUACAGUGUGAGAGAAAAAACAAGGGCAAAACGUGAAGGUUCGCCAGUACCAGGUGUAGAUUUAUUCGAAAUAAAUAAUGAAAAAGAUGUGGACAUAGCUGAAGAACUAGUUAAAGCUGGCCUAGCUAUCUUUAAAAAAACUGAUAUUCCUGUGAAUAGUAGGACAACUAGUAUUAGUAAUCUAAGUAUUGCAUCUAGUUCAUAAGUUCUUAACUAAUUUAUAUAUUAAAGCCGUAAGUGCAAAUUUGUUGAAAAAAAAUGUGAAAUUUAUGUUUAAUGUAUUACCUACAAGAAUGACACUUGCCAUACAGUGUAGGAAAGUACCGAUGGUCUAUCAGAAGUUAU